AUGGCCCGUAGCGGGCGGCGAGCAGCCCCCUCCCCGCCUCGACGCGCCGCCUCUCAGCUGAGGCGCCUCCCGGGGUCAGAGAAGCGGGCCGGGCCGGGCCGGGCCGGGCUACCCCCAACGGCCACUUUUUCCCGCUCCACUGAAUCUGGGCGGGCUGCCAGGGCGCCCCGGGCGGCGUUGUUUAAACCAGAUACCGAACGCCUCUAUACUGUAGUGUUUGAAGAGAUCUGUGGGCGUUUUGGAAAGGCCUACACCUGGGAUGUGAAAUCCUUGGUCAUGGGUAAAAAAGCCCUAGAAGGGGCAGAGAUUAUUCGAGAAACUCUAGAUCUUCCAAUGACCAAAGAAGAGUUACUACAUGAAAGUAAAAUAAUGCAAGAGAAAAUAUUCCCUACUGCUAAAUUGAUGCCAGGUGUUGAUAAGCUGAUCCGUCAUUUACACAAACACAACAUACCCAUAGCUGUUGCCACCAGCUCAGCUGAAGUGACAUUUCAGAUGAAAACAGCCAGACACAAAGACUUCUUUGGUCUUUUCCAUCAUAUUGUGUUGGGAGAUGACCCUGAGGUGAAGCAUGGCAAACCACAGCCGGAUGCAUUUCUGGUUUGUGCAAAGAGAUUUCACCCUCCUGCACCUCCAGAGAAGUGUCUUGUGUUUGAAGAUUCACCGCUUGGAGUCAAAGGAGCCCUGGCAGCAGGAAUGCAAGUGGUUAUGGUUCCAGAUGAAAAAUUAAAUCCAGAUCUUAAAAAGGAGGCAACACUACUGCUGAAGUCCAUGGAGGAUUUCAAGCCAGAACUCUUUGGUUUACCAGCAUAUGAUUAAUGCCAAAUGUCUGGGAACAUGCACUUGACUGGAGAUCGGGAAAGUGAAAUUAAAUUUUGCUAUAGAGCACAAAAUUCCUGUUAAAACCAAGUCUUCCACGUAGUACCAUUGACAGUUGACUGGAAUGUUUGUGAUUUGUCAUUGUGAUAAAUGCUGAAUCAAAGCAGAGUUUUGUCUUGUGAAAUGAAUCCAGCCUUGUUCUCUGCACAUCGUAAUGUUUUCUGGGAAUAUUAUGAAACUAUUUAGACAGUUUAUUGUAACUUCUUUGGAAGCUUCUUGUUAUGUUUCCACUUGAUUGACUUACUGUUUAGAUCUUAACCAGAAGCCUGUUCUGGAUUUACUUUUAUCUCAUUACAUUGAUUUUGAUACAGUUAUUGCUAUCAACAUGUUUAUCUUUUUCCUCAUCCUGUACUUGCCCAUCUAUUCCCCUUUCUAUGCUGUUGUCAUUUUUUACCCAGUUAUUUACAGACUUUUUGUUGUACUGUCUGUGUUUUCUUAUUUUGUUUUCUUCUUGAGGGCUGAAUGAGAUGACUUCCAGAGAUCCCUUACAACCUUCACUAUUCUAUAAUUCUGUCAUCUUUUUUUGGUGUGGUGAUCGCCUGCUAGGAGGUAUACAAGGUUAUAUGAUCCUACAGUUUAACCAAAAUGCUUUGCAUCUGCCUUCUUCUGUUUCCUUGUAUUCUCUUCAUUUACCAUAUUGCCAUGUAGCCUGCCUAUUCAUUCUUGUCAGAUGAAUCCACCCUGUCUCCCUGCUUCAAUUCUGAAAAAGUUAUGGCCUUAACUCCUUCGUAUCCAAAUAGCUUUCUCUAGGCCAUCCUUACUUUUCCAUUCUUAUCUCUUUUUUUUGCCAAGUUCCCUACAGAGGGUUUUGCUGUCUGUUUUUAAAAAGACAGAAAUUGUAGGUUUGGUUUAUUUAAAUACUUAAAACUUGUUUUCUUGGCUACCGUAAUUUCCACAAAAUACAUUAUGUUGUCAGCUGUCUCGUUUCUGUUUCUGUCAUCUCGUCAGGACAAGGGUAAAGGUCUCUUUAGAAAAUGCUAGACAUGUAAAGAGGUUCUGGUGGAAUCCACAAGUAUAUGUAUGACAUGGUAGAAGCAAUGUCUUUUUCUAAAGAGGCCUGUAUCAUGCAGGUUCUAUGAUUGUUUGGUAUUUUAAAAUGAAUGAUUGUAUUCUGCAUUUUAAAAACUAAAUUUUUAAUUGAGUGUCCAUUAGGUACUCCAAAAUCUUGGUAAAAUAUCAGACUCCGUAAAGACAAGAAGUAUUAAACGUGUCAAACAAGAAAA